GGCCGGUCUCCUGGGGAGCCGGACCAGACAGGGGCGGGGAAGCAAGCCCCCGCCGCUCCCUGGCCAGGGCGCCUGGAGAAGCGGGAGGCGCGGGCUGAUGGAGAGCUGAGAAGGGGCAGCCAGGGCGGCCGGAGCCACAGCCGCGGCCGCAGUCACAGCUGAGUCCAUCUCUCCUCUUUCCCUCCCUCCCUUCCAGGCUCGGGCAUCUCUUCCUCGCCGGCGGGCGGCUGUCCGGAGGCAGAAGCACAGGCCGGCCUGGAGGUGGUGCUCGCUGGCCCACCUCAGCCUCUGCCAGGCUCCUCUGGUCGUUGCCCGGACAGCUGCGUUGCGCCUCCCGGAGGGGGAGGAGCGGCCGGCGGCGGGGCGAGCGGGCGCUGGGCUCUCAGCCCCCUUGCCUCGCGUCCAGUGACCCGCCAGCAUCCUUCUCCGCGCGCCCGGCGCGCCUCGGAGUGCCGCGAGUGAGGCCGGCCCAGGAGUCCUCGGUGGGCUAUGCCGGGGGCGCGGCGCUAACUUCCGAGGGCUUUGCCAUGGCUGGGAAGACCCGAGGCUGCAUCGCCUGGGUGCCGGUGCUGGGGGGCCACGGGCCUUCCCUGCGCCUAGCCCGCCGCCCCGUGCUGUGGUUAGCGGGGCUCAUGGUGCUGCUGCUGACCCUGCCGGCCUCCUGCACUGCAGAUGACCUGUCUCUGGAGCAGCGAAAUCUUUCUUUAUACUCUGUGGAGCUCAUGUUGAAGAAGAAUACGGUGCAGACCACUACGCAUGCAGCCUUAGCAGAAAUUGCACCAGAAUCCCAGGAAAACAGUUUUCUCCAUGUGGUAGUAUCUUCAUCUGCCACUUCUUUUGGCACAACCUUUUUUAACCAAGAAAAAAUGAAUCCGAAUACAGCAGAACUAAAUAUCUCAGUUGUAGAUUAUUUCUCAGUGACAACUAAUGAGGCAUUCCUAAAUAGUGAUGGAUUGCUUAAUUCAUUUCCAGAAACACACUGGAUUGCUACAUCUUCUCCAGUGGCGCAUGCCACAGUGAGUCUAUUAGAGCCAUCAAAAGAAACAUUAGAAACUGUGCUAACACCUUCAUUCCCAAUUACCUCUUUGCACCCUAAAGAUAUUAUAACAACCUGGCAAAGCACAACACAGCCACAGAUGACGUCACUCUCUGAUGUGUUCAGCCCCGUUAAUGUUGCCACUGAGACAGAUCAUUUCUCUUCGGAUGGCAUAGUUCUGACCCCAAGCAGCAAUUUUUUGCUUUCUUCCACUGACUUUUCUGUUUAUUUACCAAGUGUUGCAGUGGUAGAGACUGUGGCUUCAGUAAGAGACGUUGAAAGCCUGCUGCUCACCCCUGAGUCUUCUUUACUGCAGCCACUGAGUGGUACUGUAAUGGAGCAGCUAACCUUUUUCAGUUUUCCCAUGAGUGAAACAACACCACUUGUUAUGGUAACAAGUACAGAAAAAUACCCUGAAACCUACCCUGAUAUGAAUCAGAGCAGAGAAGAGACCUUGACUCCAAGGACCUCCCUGGCUACAAGUGUUUCACAGCCAGAACUAGCUUUUAUGAGCAACAUAAACUCUGCUUUGUUUUCAUCUAGUCUUCCAUUUGUAUCUUUUCCCAUACAACCAGAUGAUAUUACAACUAAUCCUUUUCUUCCUAGCAACUUCAGUGAAACAUCAGAAUUCCCUGGGAGUUCAAUGGUACCAGGUCAUAGCAGCUAUACUGAGUUCAUAAGCCCUCUGCCCUCUUUCAUACCCUCGACACAAUGCCCUUAUUGCAGUUUGGUUCCAUCCCAGCAAGUUAUCUCAACAGGUCUCAUAGAGAAAGAUAUGGGUUCAGGAAAUGAUGCUGAGACAUUGACCUUUUCCAUCUUGCAAGCGAGUAGCAGCAUAUCACUAAAUAGUAAGAUUGAUGAUUUCUCUGAUUUUGAGGAAACGUUUCAAGAGUUUGAUACCUCUUUCCCUUCAAGACCAAUAGUGUCACUGUCUUCCAGGUUCAUGGAAGUCUCUGAUGUGAACUUUAGCAUUUCAGCUUUAAUGGAUGUGGUCCCAAGUAGUGCUUUGUCUACAUCAGUAUAUCAGUCCCGUGAAAAACCCUCUGUAAGUUCAAUGCUUGACUCUGCUUCUUACAGUCUCCUCUCUGUUCCUGAAACUGAAGUGUUACCUUCUGGUGCAACAGCAGCAUUGGACAUUACCAGUGUUCUCCUUGACUCAUCUUCCUCCAUCAUUUCCAAUAUGACUAUGUCUUCAGUUGCUAUUAGAAAUGAAAGUCUUUUUGAGUCUCAUGGUUUAGUCCCUUCAAUAGAGCCCUUAUUUUUCUCUGAUCAGACAUCUGCCAGUUUUUCAGAAGAUGAAUCCAGAAGUACUUUGGAUUUUGUAUCCAAUAUUUUCUCAACUCUUUUGAAUUUCACUGGCCUGGUACCUUCAUCUUCUGAUAUUAUAACCUUGAAUUCUAUGAUGCCAAAUGAUUUGUCAACAUCUUUUUCUCAGGCCUUGUCAACCAUGGUGGAGGCUUUUGUAUCAUCUGACUCUCUUAGUUUGCAUUCACCUCAAUUUUUGGCCAGCAUCACAACAGACCUUGAGUUUUCGCAACUAUGGCAAAAUUCAGAUCAUCAUUUAAAUACACACCCUGUUCCAUCCAUAAAUUAUUCUGAAAUAGCACCAUCAUCAAGUUUCUCAUCUCAUACCUUUGAAUUUUCUGAAGCAUCAUCAAUUUUACAGCCAGAUUUUGAAAUUUAUAAUACCUCAGUUUUCACAGAAACUACCUCCUACCUUGAGUUUUCAUCCAUUUCCCACGAAUCUGUAGUUUCUACACUAUUUGCCUCCAGUUUUGAGUUUACUCCCAGUAUUUCAGUCUUUGGAACCCAGUUGCCAUCACAUUUGACUGUUCUUAAGAUGACAUCUUUUUUUGCUGAAUCUUCAAUGAUAUUCUCAACACCUACUCCUUUAGAUGAGCAUACCAGUGCUACAGAUGAUUACAAAUUUGUCUCCUCAUUUUCUCAGACCAUUUCUAGUACUGUAUUAUUACCUAUAACUGAUAUAUCCUUAUCACCAUCAUCUCUAUCUCCAACGUCCUCAUCUAUGUCUGAGUUUAUCCUCUCACCUUUAUCUACAGAGCCAUUGUUUGUGGGCUCAUCAUUUGUACCCACAGAAUCACCCAAGCCUUUAAACACUAUAUUUAGCCGACCUAAUGUGAGUGCUGCUACUGUUGAUACUACCCUCAGCCACAAAACAACAAAUCAGAGUCCAAAUGAGAGUAGCACUCCUCCUGCCCUAUCAUCCACUCAUCCUGUGGACCCUGUAACUCAUCCUGUGGACCCCGUCAUUCAUCCUGUGGACCCUGUCACUCAUCCUGUGACUACCACUGAAACUCUGGUUGAAACUCCAGCCUUGAUAACUACCAAACAGCCAUAUGUGUGUGAUAUCACAGUUCCUGAUCCUUACUUGAUCACAGCUGUGCUGGCCCGAAGAGCUGUACAAGAAUAUAUCAUCACAGCGAUCAAAGAGGUGCUGAGGGUUCACUUCAGUCGGGCAGUGGAGCUAGAGGUUUAUGAAAUUUUCCCAGACUUCUCUUUCCUGGUCACUUCUGGUCCUUUCAUUUACACAGCAAUUGCAGUCAUAAAUGUUCUUAUAAAUAGCAACCUUGUCCGGGAUCAGGCUCCUUUGAUUCUCUCAGUGCAGCCUUCCUUCACUGUACCAGAUUCCAAAUUUCAAGUUCAAACAGUCCUUCAGUUUGUGCCUCAGAGUGUAGACACUGGCUUCUGCAAUUUCACCCAGCGUCUUGAGAAAGGGCUCAUGACAGCAUUCACAGAAGUCAGAAAACACCAGGGGACAUACAACUUCACAGUGCAGAUAUUGAAUAUAACUUUGGGGACAUCAUGGACAGCUCCUCGUCAGGGACCAGUGAAUAUUAUCUUUGCUGUUAAAAGCAAGAAAGGGUUUUUGAAUGGAUCAGAAGUCAGUGAGGUUCUGAGAAACUUGAGUAUGGUGGAAUUCAGUUUCUAUUUAGGAUAUCCUGUGCUGCAGAUUGCUGAACCCUUCCAAUAUCCACAACUGAAUUUAUCCCAGUUGAUGAAGUCGUCUUGGGUAAGAACAGUUCUCCUGGGUGUCUUCGAAAGGCAGCUACAGAAUGAGGUGUUUCAAGCUGAAAUGGAACGGAAGCUUGCUCGGUUGCUCAGUGAAUCUUUAACCAGAAGGCGGGUGUGGAGAAGAGCCACCUUUGCAGGAAACAAUGUGGUGCAGGUUGUUAAUGUCUCACGGUUAGAGGGUGAUGACUAUCCGGUCCAACUAAUCUAUUUUGUGGAAGAUCAAGAUGGAGAAAGACUCAGUGCAGUGAAGUCUUCAGAUAUGAUCAACAAGAUAGAUAUCCAGAGAGCAGCCAUUAUCAUGGGCUACCGCAUCAAAGGCAUAAUUGCCCAGCCGGUAGAUCGGGUGAAAAGAUCAUCUUCUGACUCUCAAAGCAAUAACUUGUGGAUCAUUGUUGGCGUGGUGAUUCCAGUGAUUGUGGUGAUGACCAUCAUUAUCAUUCUCUAUUGGAAACUCUGUCGAACAGACAAACUAGACUUCCAGCCUGAUGCUGUGAGCAACAUUCAGCAGCGUCAAAAGCUUCAGAUCCCCAGUGUGAAGGGUUUCGAUUUUGCUAAGCAGCAUCUGGGUCAACACAAUAAAGAUGAUAUAUUGAUUAUUCAUGAGCCAGCACCGCUGCCAGGACCAGUAAAGGAUAAUACCACUCCCUCCGAAAAUGGAGAUGUGCCAAGCCCUAAGUCAAAGAUCUCUUCAAAGAACAUCCGUCACAGAGGAAGAAUCUCACCCUCAGAUGCUGACUCUACUGUCAGUGAAGAGUCUAGUGAAAGAGAAGCUGUGGAAAAGCCAUCAGUCGUUGUCAAUGAGGGCAAAGCAAGAAGAGCGCCUUCAAGUGGACCACCACUCACCAGUACUGGAAAUGAACAGCCUUCAUCAGCAUCAAUCUUUGAACAUGUGGAUCGGAUAUCUCGCACUUCAGAAGCAAGCAGACGGGUCCCGAAUAAGAUCCAGUUAAUUGCUAUGCAGCCAAUCACAACACCUCCAGUUCAGCACUCAGUACUAGCUGACCGAGUGGCAGAAACCAACAAAAUCAACAAAGAGAUUCAGACUGCCCUUCGGCAUAAAUCAGAGAUCGAACACCACCGAAACAAGAUUCGUCUCCGAGCCAAGCGCAGAGGACAUUAUGAUUUCCCUGUGGUUGAUGACCUGUCAGUGGGAGACACCAAAGAACGGCAUCGAGUAUAUCGCAGGGCUCAGAUGCAGAUUGACAAGAUCUUGGACCCUGCUGCCAGUGUGCCUACUGUGUUCAUAGAGCCAAGGAAAAGUUCCCGUGCAAAGCGUUCUCCGAAGCAGCGCCGGAAGCACCAAAUCAAUGGGAGCCCAACUGAUGCUGAGAAAGAUAGACUGAUCACGACAGACAGUGAUGGCACCUAUAAAAGGCCACCAGGAGUCAAUAAUUCUGCCUAUAUUUCAGAUCCUGACUUGCCUGCAGAGCCUCAGUCACCUUCCUCUGCUGACCUAGGGAAAUAUCCAGGCUUACCCUUCCCUGCUUCCCAAUACAUCCCACCCAAGCCAUCUAUUGAAGAAGCAAGACAGACAAUGCAUUCCCUCUUGGAUGACGCCUUUGCCUUGGUAGCUCCAAGUAGCCAAGCAAUUCAACCUUCUUCCGUUACUGCACCUGGGGUCACAUCAAGCCUACAAGCCAACUCUGCUGUCCAAGAUGAACGGCGAACCUCCCAGUGGGGUUCCUUCUAUGGCCCAACUCAGACAGCCAGUAAUCCAUGUAGUAGAUAUGAAGACUAUGGAAUGACUCCUCCAUCAGCACCAGGUCCAUUGUCAAGACCAAGUUUUGGUCCUGGUUUGCUGCAGUCCUCAGAACUGAUAACACCAGAAUCACAGCAUACCCAGUCAUCAGCUGAGGCUGCAUUUGCCACCCGAGGAAUCUAUCCAGAAGAGAUACCAUCAGUGGCUCGGCCCCGGCCUGUUGGAGGUACUUCAGGUUCACAGAUGCAGCAUCUCACGCAGGUGGGCAUUGCCAGCAGGAUUGGGGCACAGCCAGUAGAGAUUUCAUCCAACAGAACAGGCCAGUAUAGUGGGCCAGGAUGGCCCUCCUAUCAUGGGGAAGACGAAUCUGGAAGGAGAGAUGCUACUCAUGGGCUUGGACACCAAGAGUAUUCUUCUCCACCAUUGUUUCAGGUGCCAAGGACUUCAAGUAGAGAGCCCUCCGCACCCCCUACCCACCUUCCCCAUAGGAGCCUGCAGGGGCCAGGGCUGUGCUACAACAAUACCAGUUCUACAGAAGAUCUCCAACCAGGGCAUUCCUCUGCUUCUCUCAUCAAAGCCAUUCGAGAGGAGCUUCUUCGACUCUCCCAGAAACAGGCGACAGUGCAGAACUUCCAUAGCUGAUCCAUCCUUCCCUUGCAAAUUUGCCAAGUAUCUGCUUCCUAUGGAAGUAAGACUGAAAGGAAGCCAACUGAGUUGUUGUUUUAUAAUAGGGGUGAAUCUCUAGUGUACAAGAUACCAAUAUGUGUGUCUAUGUGGGGAGGGAGGGAAAAUGGCAAGUUUUAAAGACAGAAGAUGCCACAAGUUACCACUUCACCAUUUGUAAACCUGUUUAAUAUGUUGGCCAUUUCAUGACCACCUGGAUUCAGCCAACUGCUACGUUUUAGGUCAAAAGCAACACUCCACCAAAAAACAACAGUAAAGCAAAAUGAUGAAACUCCUAAAUCAGACUAUUUAAGAAAAAGAGAUUAAAAUUUGUAGAUGGGUUAAGGGAUUAACGGAAUCAAGCAUUUUUCAUUAUUAAGGCUUUGUAGUUCAGAUAAGUAUUGAUCAUGUUGCUGCUUUGUUUUCCAGGGGGAAAAAGAAUUCAAGGACAUUUUAUUAAAAGCUUGACUUUUUUUCCUGUCUUCAUAGAAACUCAUGGUAAUAGUAGUACUAACAGCAAGAAUAAUAGGAUUGUCCAGAGAAGAGAGGGGGAAAGCGAAUGAUUAAUCAGAAACCAAAAUGGGGAAGCUCUUAAGUGCCAGAUGAUUCCAAAUGAAACUGUCCUUUGCAUGCCUCCUCCUUGUACUUUGGUGCUGCUGCUCUAAGUGUUCCUUGAUCUUUCUGUGAAAUGAAAUCAUGGCCAUUUAUUGCAAGGAUAUAUUGAAAGACUCAUUCUCUAUAGGAAAGGAAAACCUCCCUUAAAAAAAAAAAGGCAUAAUAUUUAUUUGAUUAUUGAAAAUCUGUCAUAGACUAGAUUUAAAUUCAUAUUUAUGUGUAAUUCAUUUUUUCUGAAUCAGGUGUUUUCAUUUAUCAAUAGAAUCCAAUGUUAAUUAAUACCAUUCUUUAUAAAAUCCAUUUCUGUAAAGUGAAGCAAUUUGAUUCGGUUAGCACAUAGCUGUUGACUUACAACUUGUACUGUUGAUUGAGAAUUCACAAAUUCUUAAGAUAAGGAAUCAGAGGCCCUGAAUUUGAAUCCCAGCUUUGUCAGAGAUCACUCAUUUUAUGAACCAGAGCAAGUCACUUCACAUGUCUCCAGUUCUGAUUUUCUUCUUCUUUAUAAUAAGGACUUUGAUCUUUUGUGAUCUCUGAGUUCUCUUUCUAGUUAAUCCUACAAUGCCACCUAAGCAAAGUUUUGUUUUGUUUGAGAAACAGUGAAACCCAGGACAUCCCAAAUUGUUAUAGUUGGCUUUUGUUUUUUAGUUUAGUUUUUUUUUAAUAGCAUUUUGUUGAAAUGAGUGCAUUGCUAGAAAUCAUAUUUCCAGUAAGACAGAACUAGGAAAAUGAUUCAAUUAGCUUCGCUUCUCCAUAGUAAAUUGGACAAAGAAAAGAAUACCUCAGAAAGUUUGACUUAUGUCUUGACUUCAUUCUGAGCAUUGUUUGGGUUAAAGAAAAAAUUAAGAAAUUUCUUGUUCAGCUUGAGGCUGAUAUGUGAACCUACGGACAAGGAAGUUAUGGCCCAAAUAUCCCUGCUUUUUAAAGACACAUAAUGUUCUUAGGAUCAGGGGACUGAUUGCUGCAAUAGCACAGACUCUUCUAGCAGAGUACAGCUAAUUCGAAAAACAUAAAGUAGUUUACAGACCAAAAAACAAAAUUACAGAUUCAAUUCAACAAGGUUUUACUAAACUACCUACUAUAUGUAAGGCAGAUCUUGAAGAUGAAAAAUUCAAGUCAGUUUUGUAAGAACACCAAAAACAAGGAAAAUUGGUUUUCAUUAAAAAGCUUACUUUUUUCUUUUGUGAAUUAAUCAUAUUUUGUUUUCCUCAACUGUAAAAUAAAGGAAUUAGGCUAGAUCAUGGUUUUUUAAUGUAGGAGUCAUGGUCUCCCACAUAGGUGGCACAGUGUCUGGUGUCAGAAGUACCUGAAUUCAAAUCCAGCCUCAAACAUUUUCUAUGUAUGUGGCCCUGAACAAUUUUAAUCUCUGUUUGCCUCAGUUCCCUCAUUUAUAAAAUGAGGAUAAUAAUAGCAUCUACCUCCUAGGGUUGUUGUGAGAAGCAAAUGAGAUAAUAUUUGUACAGUACUUAGCACAGUGCCUAGCACACAGUAGGUGCUUAAUAAAUGAUUAUUUCCUCCCUUUUCUCUUAUUCCCAAAGGUCUAUGGCUAAAUUUCAGAGAGUCCAUGAAUUUGGAUGGGAAAAAAAUACAUCUUUGUUUUCAAAAACUGAAAUUUAGCAUUUCCUUCAAAUUUUUUACAAAUAUCAUUUUGAAAAAGUGUCCAUAAGCUUUUCCAGAGGUCCAAGUCACAAAAAAAAGAUUAAGAAACCUGAACUAGGUGAUCUUAAAGAUUCUCUAAAUCUAUGAUGCUUCCUGGCUUAUUCCAUUUACUGUGAGAAAGAUGGAAAAUUUAAAUUGAAGUAAAUUGGAUAUUGCAAUUCCUAUUUAAUAUUUUAAAAUAUCAAAUUGUAUUAUCAGUGUCCUAGUGAUAACAGAUUUUUCUCUAUUUAAUUUAAGUUUUGCUUAACCUUAUUAUUAGAAGGCUUGGUUUUUAGCUAGUGAUAGUUGUCCCUUAAAACAAAGUUUACCUGUUACUCUGGGUAUUUGGGAACUUCUAAGUGAGAGUUUUAAAUGGUCUAUUUCAAAAUGCUUUUAAAAUUAAAGUGGUUUGAUUAAAGCAUUUGAAGUUGGAAGGGUGAGGGGAGUUGAAGGGUCAUGGGUACUUGAUAGCAACCCAGAGAUAUAAACAACUUAGAAUCCACUUCUUCCUGGUAAAGAACAAUUGUUAAUUAGCAAGAGAAUUUGGUUAUUUGAGAUUCUUUUUAAAGAAUUUAUUGUUGAAUUUUACUAAGAGCAUUGAGACACAGUGGCUUCAGAAGGGAUGCAUGUAGGCUUCCCUCUUCUCUCAGCUACUGUUUGUAGGGUGUGCAUUUACUCAUUUGAACAAUAGAAAAAUAAAUCAGAGCAUCUCAGACUUGGAAGGAACUUCAGUGACCAUUGGCCCAAUCCACACAUGUUCAAGAAUCUCUGCUACAUCCAGCUUCCAUUUGAAGAGUUUCAGUGAAGGGGAAGUCCACCCUCCCUACUCCUCCACAACCCCCCAAGCAACCCAUUUUCCUUGUGGAUAACUCUGAUUGUUAGGAAAUUUUAAUUACAUGAAGCCAAAAUUUAUUUAGUUGCAGCUUCAUUUAUUGCUUAUAGUUUUACUCUUUGAGGCCAAAUGACACAAGUCUAAACCUUCUUUUCUGUGACAGCUCCUCACAUAUUUAAGAACAGACCCAAUUCCUUCAACUGACAUGAAGCUGAAUGGCAUGAUCCUGAAAUCCUUCAUCAUUCUCCUUGCCUCCAGUGGACAUGUGUCUCCUCUGUACACUGCAAAAAUAGGCUUCCAUUUUAAAGAAAUGCAGCAUAGCAAUUUGAAUGACCUUCAUUUUUGUCAAAAUGAUAUUCUAUCUCUGCAUUCAUUCUUAAAACUUAUUUUUUUAAUCCAAGACCAAAGAAAAUACUCAUCUACUUGUAAUCUGAUAUAGUAAGCUAGUCAGAUGUCUGGCUACCUUUUGUGGUUUUCUGGUUAUUAUAAUAUGUAACCAGUUUGCAUUCAUUUCCAUUAAAAACUCUCAAGCAACAGAGCCUCUGGUAGGUCAUCAAAAUUAAAGCAAAGACAUUGGUAGAUGCAGAGCUUUCAUUAACUAAAACAAAGUGCCAGAAAGCAUCAACAAUUCUCUUGCUCACUUGUGGCUUUCAAAAAAAGGCACUUCAUAUUGAUAAUAGUUAACUUAGGGCUUUGAGAUCCAAUUUUUCCAAUGCUCGAUCUACAAUUGAAAUAAACAGGAUAUUCCAAUUCCUAUUUAACAUUUUAAAAUAUUAAAUUGUAUUAUCAGUGUCCUAGUGACACAAAUUGUCAAUUUGGAGGAAAAUUUGAGAGGGAUUUUGGAAAUGACUGCCUCUUCCUCUUCCCAAAUACUCAGCAUUAAGAGUUUCAAUUCCUAUUGCAGUAGAAGUCAAAACUUCUCGUCUUAGCUGUGUCAACUCACAGUGUGACCAUGGGCUAGUUACUUCUAAUCUGUGAACUUCAAUAUUCUCAUCAGUCAAAUAGGGCUUUAAAAGUAUUUUAAAAAUUUAAAGAAUUAUUCAAAUAUCAGAGAGUAUUGUACAGGAAUGGAUAAUCAAGUGAACAUUGAUCUAUAAGUGAAUGAAUACACUUGAUGUUAAGUUCAAAUAUAUUUGAUCAUUUUCUUUUCUUUUAAUCUGCUUUAAUAUCACUUCAUUUGCCUUCUUUCAUAUGAAGAUGUGUAUGUUAAGUAUCUCUUUGCACAUGAUACAGAUUGUUUUGACACGGCAGAUCAAAAGAUGGGAAAUUCAACUGAACAAGCCUUGUUAAAAUAUGAGCAUUAAGUAGCAUACCAAAAAUCAGUGAAGUGUACAUUGUUAGGCAGUGAUUAAUGAGAAAUCUAAGAUGUUGACAUAUCUGGUUGAGUUCACGGGGAGAUGAACUAGAUCCCUCUAAUUAGAAACUGAAACCAUCCUAAAAGAAAGAUUUCAUAAGCAGCUUAGAAGAUGGCAGGAAUGGGUUAGCAAAUUAAUGAGAUGAAGUAAAACUAAAUUUUGAUACAGUUUGAGGAACUUAGUCCCAAAAUAGAAUAAAAAAACCUGAAAGACCUCUUAGGAGAAAAAUGACUUUGUUAAGGGUAAUAGAUAAAGACAAGAUAGAAGCAAUAUUAAGAAUCAGGAAGAGAGGAGCCCCCAGAGAUGGGAAUCAUUUUUAGAAGAAGGUUGUGGUGUUGCAGAUACGAAAUAAUCCCAUGCAACCAAGGUAGUGACUGUAGAUUCAUAAAGAAAGGAGUCAGAUUCUUGAAAUGCUUUGAAGGCAAAAGCAAUCAGUAUUGACAACAGAGUAUAAGUAAGUUAUGAAGAUAACAAGGUGAAUAUAACUGGGCUUUAUUGUUUAGACAUCAGGGAUGUGGUGAGUUGAUCCAAGAUGAUGGGAAAACAAAAAAUGGGAUAAUUAUAACAGAAGGAAAACUCUCGCUUUCUACAGUCAAUAAGUUACCUAAGAAUUCAGCCAUGAAGGGGAAAAAACCUAGCAUAUAAAUUGAGUGCAUAAAUGACUAUGGGGGCUGCAAAGAGAAGGGAAUGUGCUUUCUCAAUGUUCAUCUAUGGUACAAUGCUUAAAGCUUUCUUUGUUUUGUUCUGUUCAAUUUAUAUUGAAACUCACUGUGUGUUUUGGUUUUAGUGCAUGUGGUACUGAAAAGCAGAGGGGGAGGUUUCCCUGCCCACCCAUAUCUGUCCAUCUGUGUGAGACAAAUGGUGCAGAGCACAGAUGAUGGAGCCUCCUCCUACCUGAGACCAGCUUGAGUAAAAUUAAUUCUGUUCCUUUUUUUUUUUUUUUUUUUUUAAUUCUCUAGUUUCCCAUUUACAGAUAAGUUGCAGAGCCACUUGAGUGAUUGCUCCAGGGAUCAUGUUAUUAACUUUCAUGCCAAUUUGCAUUUGCAAAUUUACAAGUUACUCAUUAAAUGUCAAAGAGCAAAGAAGUUAACCUCACCUCAUGUGAGCCCUUUCCUCCCAGCAGCCCUCCUCGCUCAGGUUAAGGUGUCCUAGCUUAUUAGAAGUUUCAUUGGGGUUUGUUUAAGGAUGCACAGGCUAGACACUGGGACUAACAUUAGUUUUCCUAAAGGUUUGCCCUUUUCAUUGCUACCUCAAAGGGUCAUUCUUUUGUUCACAUUUGUCCAAAGACAGACAAAUCAGGUGUCAUAUUGAAUCACAGAUUUGGACACUGUGAAGAGGAAUUUAAGAGAGAUUCUUUUCCUAUAGACUUUCAAAAUGGACAGAUUUUUCCUAAUUAAAAAAAAAUCCACAGAAUUUCAUAUUUUACACUGAUAAUAAUGAAUUGAAGUGUGCUUGUGAAAUUUCAACUAAUAUUAAAUGAGGAAUAGUUGUAAAGGUGAGAUGAUUCCAUAUACAAAGUUGCUCAAUACUUGGAAUUGAUAAAGAGCUUUCCAGCUUUCCAGUCAGUACUUAAAACAUUAUUAAUUUAAGGAGAAUAUACUAUUUAUUUUUUUUCUGUUAUGGUUCUGAAAGUGGUGGGUUUUUUGGUGGAGGGUAGGGGAAGUAGGGAAGAGAUCUAAUGAUUCAUCAAAGACUCAUGUACUCCUUGCUAAAUCCUACAAGAAAAUCCUGAAUCUGUGUUUACAUCUACUAAUAUGUUCCAUAUCAUAAGUUCAUAUGGUAGCAUUACACUGCAGGAAAUGGGAAUUAAACCCUAAAUGCAGCAGCCUUGGGAUGAGCAAGCCUUGGUAACAAUGGAAAAACCGAAUGUCUUAAUCUGAUGCACAUUCAACCCACUCAAGGAUUUUUCAGGAGGUGGAUAAUUCAGUUUUGGGGAUUACUUGGACUCUGCUUUUCCAUCUCUCCUGGUUUGCCUAGUUUUGGAAUCUUUUCAUCAAUCUCUGGCACAUUCAUGCAAGCAUGAGCAAGUGGACGGAAAGGAAAUGACGGUCGACUAUCUUCAUUUUGGAAUCUCAUGUUAGUCAACAUCACCACAUGGAACUGUUAGUUUACUUUUUUGGACAGUUUAGGACAAUGAGAACAGUUUUUUCUCAUGCUCACCAAACAGCUCAUAUGUAUUGCUGGUAUGCCUUAUAUCUCUAAGAGGCAGGAAAACUGAAAUGUCAAAUUCAAGUCUGGCUUCUAGGAUAGCACUUUGGCCUCCCAGGUAUGACUAGUUAAAGGCUUGUAAAACACAGGCAAAGCUAAAGGUCAACUAAAAUGAUUGCUUUAGACCACGGAGGACUUGCUUUAGGUGUUAACAAAGGGUCUUUCUGGUUUUUUCUUUCUGACGUGGAAAUAAGCACAGAUUGUUGGAAGGAUGAUUCUAUUUUAAAUGCUUUUAGUUACACUAUUUUGGAUUCUGUCAUUUCUUUCCCUGGAUAGUCAGUCAAGGACCUUUCUCCUGAUUUUUCCCAUCCCUUCACCCCUAGGUUAUAAUUGUUUAUAUAUACAUAUGUACAUGUGUGUAUGUGUGUGUAAAUGCACGGAAAGCCCAACAUCUACACUGCAACUUGAACUAGACAUCAUAUUUUUCCUGCCUUUUCUAGGGAAGGGGCUUUUAAGUCUCAGUUAUGCAUACAUGGUUGAGAAAUUGAACUUUCCCCUUCUGUUAGUCAUUUAUGUUUUUAUCCUUUCGUAGCUGCAGUUUUCUCAUUGCUGUAGUUUUUGAAAUAAUUUAUGCAAGUGUUUGGUUUUCAUGUUUACAAUUUAUACAGCUUUCCUAGCAGUUUAAAUGGAAAUGUCAAUAAAAACUAAGAAUUGGUGUCAAA